AUGCUCCAAGAUGGCUCUUGUCUACAGGUCAAUCAAAUGGCGGGUGGAUGGGCAACCCGAGAAAUAGACGAUUGGGUCUAUUAUAGGCAGCAGCAUGUGGGAGGAUGCUGUGCUCCAUCUCGUUUUAAGCCUACAGGCUAUGUAUUUGAAGAUGACGGUAGCACGGUUCAAACCACUGGAGAUCUAAUGGUCCGAGUUGCCGACGCACCUCUUGUCCAGACAGUUUUAGUAGAUGGAUGGUACCUCCAGGCCUUUACAGAUGAUAGGGCAGUUAAUCUGACACUUUUGCCUACCGUUAAUUUCGCUGAUAAACAAUCUAUUGUUUAUGGCGCUGCAUUUGAUCGAGCCAUGAUCAUCACAUAUCAAUUUUUAAAUGCAACCCAUCAGUGGAUCGGAAACCAGACAAGCGGUCUAAUACGAAACACUGAUACUGUUCCAGAUAUUACUCUGCCCAAAUACACCAGAUCUAUCGCAAGUUAUAGCAUUCUAUGGAUCACGGGCUACUCCAAUGUGUUUUGCAUACAUAUACGCCGGCCUUUACGUGGAUCGUCCUCAGGCAACCUUGACCAAGAUAUGCUCAUCAGCAACAUCAAUUCUUCAGUAUCUGGCACUGGCCAACUUUAUUGCAGUACCGUUGAUAUUCUUUGUAAUGGCAUCUCUUUCAAACUUUCGAUUUCCACCUCCUAUCCGCUUUCUUUGCCGUCAGCCUUCACACCCAGUAUUAUUGUGUGUAUUUGUUAUGCUUGGUGUAGAUCUAGAAAACAAAAAUAUCUAAUGAGUAGAUUUGUCAAUAAACAGGAUCAUUUGUUUUCAGUCAAGCUUGGAAUAUGCUCACUUCUCAAGAGACUCUGUUUGAUGCAUGAGCUCUUUUUGUCUUUUUUUCUGUAUGCCGUUUAUUUUUAUCCUCUCUUUUUGUGCUAUCAUGCCAGUUAUCGAUCUCACAUAGCUACUGUUCUUGAUCUACCGUCUUUCGUUAUCACAUAUGCAAGAGAGAUUCCGUUUCUAGUGAUGAAUGCUUUGGCCAUCAUACCAACUCUUCUAGCUAAUGGAAUUGUAUUGGCCUAUUUUUUAAUGAGAGCAGUGAAAUAUCAUCCCUGCGAUAGAUGUCGUAUUGAGUUUCUACAAGUAGAUGGCAUCGAAGAAGAUUAUGUCAAGCUCCUUUUUACACAAAGGGAAUUCCGGAUUGUGGCAAGUUAUGAAUUCAUUGAUCAUAAACAUCAUAUAAGAUACCUUUUUACAGAAGGUCGACAAAAUGGAAUACCUAUUAACAAAGCACGCCAAGUUUUUUUGAAGAGAUAUCCUCUUACAACUUACUUACGCUUAUUGUACCGACUAUUUGGUAUGAAUGCUUAUGUGCGUAUUCCCUAUCCUGUAAAGAUCUCAUUGACUCUCUUGAUCUAUUGCUUGGGGCAGUUGAUACCUGUCUUAACUACUGAGAUGCUGGGGGUUGGAGGUGUUGUUCCUACAUUUAUAUGUCAGUGGACGCCAUAUUUUGCUCAAUUCCAAUACACGCCAAAUCCGACAAGAUUUGCAGUAAAGACAUGGAUGCUUAUGCAAAUUGCUGCUUAUAUUUCAACAUUUGGAGCAGGAAUAUUUGCUAUGGUGUAUUCCCUUGGGAUCCUUCGCCGUGUGACAAAAGACAUAAUAAACAUUAGACGAGGAGACUACAACAUCUUCAAGGGCAAGAAGAAUAAUACGCUUGAUCUGGAUGACUCUAUUCGCUUUUUGGGAGUGUGCCUUGGUUUUGGAUUCACUGGCACAUUAUAUUUCAUGAUAGAAAUAGCAUUAUUUGGCACCGGAAUAGCUAUGCUUGUUCAACUCGACAAACUUAGAGACUAUGUAUUCCGAUUAUCUGGCUAUGGCGUAUUUUUUGCAAGUUUCUUUGUUGCUUGGAUAUUCCAGUUGGUCCAAAAGAGAAUUACCCGUAUUGUUUUUAUUAAGAAAGGAACUCGAUUUAGCUUACAGAACCGCUCACCUCUAUUGCAUUAUUGGUACUUUAUGAUGCUUACAUCCAUGACAAGAGCCUUGACAUCUUACAUCUUGCGGACAUUAAAGCUGAUAGUUCGAUAUCCACUUUUCAGCUUACGAGUUGAUCGUAACGCAGAAACAUGGAGUGUGAGACGAGGUGAUGGAGGAUUUGUUGGCUAUAUGGGAAUGUUAUUGGCUGAGAACGAGUACAACAACCCAAUUAUGCUUGUAUUCAUUGAGUGUAUAUUGCAUCAUCUUCCUCCGCCGUUGUCGAAUACCACAAAUCCAGAUACUCCGUGCCGAAAACACUCAGCCUUGUCUGAUAGCGAGCGGAACGAGAUAGGGCCAGUUUGCGAAACUUCUCCUGCUGUUGCUACUGCUAUUGCAAGUCCAGUCAGACAAGUAACUACAAAAUCAGUAUAUUGGCGACAAGUGCGCGCAAGAAAUCGCUGGUUUUUAGCCUAUACACUUAUCAAUAACCCCAUGCUACAAAAGUCUCUUUACGAAGCUAUCUUUGGACAAAACUUGUCGGUCACAAUGACUAUAAAAUCUUCUAUUCCUUCUACAAAGAAUAUCUUGAGUAAUAUAUGGCUUGGAAGAAUUGAAGAGGCCCAUACUAGGGAUUUUAAUCUACAUAAACUAAAAAAACGGGUAUUUGUGACUCUCAUUAGUGUGGCUAGUAUAGUGUAUUAUACCUCUUUCUGUAACUCCCGUCAUGGCAAAAUUGGGUUUAUCUUGAAAGUAUAG